GGCGUAGGACCGCCCGCCCGGACUUGUGUGUCCGAGGUGGGCCGGAGCGCAGCGCCGGCUGCUGCCUCCUAACUGCCUGCUCGGGACGCCCGCCUCCACCCCAGGCGAGGAAGGUCCCGGUACAGCACAUUAGUGGGGCACCCUGACUGGUCACCAUGCUGCUGCUUCUAUUCCUGCUCAAAGCACUCAAAUUUGGCAUAGCUUGUCAGAAGAUUCCGCUGUACUACGGCACGCUGGACCCAGCUCUAGCGCUUCCCGGAGGACCGAUAACGGGCGUCAUCUCAUCGUGUCAAUGCUGCGCCUUCUGCAAUAACAAUGAGCUGUGCAAGAGCUUCAGCUUCCGUGGCAGCACCGGCGAGUGCACGCUGUACAGCAAGGUGGGCAGCUACCCGACGUUCCUCCGACAGGACUGGGGUGCGGAGGAUACGGAGUUCUACAUCAUGCCGCGUACCUCCACGACUGAAGAAUUUUGCCGUCAAGAUGAAGACUGCGUGAACGGAGAACCUUGUUUGGGGAGAGUUUGCACCACCAACCGAACGAUAACCUGUCUCUCGAUCAAGGAGCUGAACCCCACCAUCAACACACACACGUUCUGGGGCGCGGUCGACGGCACUGAGAUCCGACUGUCCUGCUUGAUGGACGUCCAGGGCGGCGGCUGGACGCAGCUGGUCGAUGCUGUGUUCAACUUCUUCUGGCAGCCAGCAGACGUCCUCAGUUUGAACAGUACCACCGUGGACGGGGACGUCCCGAGAAUGAGAAUGGGACAGCCAUAUUCUGCGCUAUGGGCCGCCGAGCUAAUCCGCGACUCCAGGCCGGGAGACUACAAGGUCAUCGUCAGAAGCCAAGCUCCGGAGAAGGGCGUGCUGUUCUCGGCGCCGCGAGCCCAGAGUCUGCUCGGAACCACGCCCGUCAGUGUGCCCUACGCGGCCGAGCCGGCCGGCAGCGGCUUCAGCUUUUGGACAGGUUCGGUGGUGUUCCCCUACAUGUUGAACCAAAACGGCAUCGUCUAUCACAUGAAUGACAAAUCUUACAUUCAUGCCGGUGGCAUCAUGAGAAGCUCCCCAAUCACCUACCGUCGCUGGGCCAAUGGCGCUGAACAUCCUCACACUAUGCAGGUCUGGAUUAAGGAGGGACAGUAGAAGACGCUCUACAUAUUUUGCUUUCUGUUCUCUUUUCCUCCUUUUAUCUGUCCCUGUCACAUAUUAUGCAAGUUUCAAUUAGUAGCUGAUAGCACGGCAUUAUAUACCUAAAUGCUAGUUUGUGUAUCUACGAGAUUCACACAAACGUAUAGGUAAAACCGGAAUGAAACGCACGGUAACGGACCCUUUAAAGCUUGGAGCGGAACUAGCUACAGCACUCUCGGAAUUAAAUGCACUCCUUGUUAGUUCAUACUUCUUCGGCAUUCAUUUCACUGCCUAACAGCGCCUUUUCCAUUUGGAUGCACCUGGACAGAAAGGUGUUCUUGGGAGCUUUACUGCGUGCGGCGCAAAAUAAUGAAGUUGAUAGUCCUGUCAACCUAUAGUUUCCUACUCCCAUCCUGCUGUCCCAUCCAGCUAGCGCAUGAUGGGACAGCGAGAACGGCACACGCUGAACAAGUGAUAACUGUGUCACCACUGCCCUGCGGCACGUUCAAUUUUAGAGUUAUAUAAAUUCCUCUGUGAAUGUAGGUGGGAAGAACAUGACGUAGGAUAGGCCGACGUCUGUUAACAUGUAUGGCGAUCUAUGGAGGAUGUAACGGAAAGGACAUAGCAACAUAACGCAAAGGACGUUAGUAGGGUGGUGUAUAGCGUUGCUGUGUCCUGUUCAGUGUGACUUUCCGAUCGUAGCUUACCACUCAACAGAUAAGGAACAGCGUUUAGUUCAUUCAUUUCAUACAGCUCAUGUGUCACUUUUAUUGAUUAGUACAUAUGUUUCAUCCGUAAACAACGAAUUUGUUUACGGUAGUGAGCGGAGGAAUUCAGCGUGUAACAAGAAACAAACAAACAAAUACAUCAUGUAUAUUGGA